AGCAAUAAACAAUCUGUGUUUGGAUUCAGUGCACAUGCUGAGUUCCGGGGGAUACAACCUAAUAAAGAGGGAAACUCACAGCAGGAUCAGGAUUUGAAUGAGGGCAAUGUCAAGUGCUGAAGCUUGGGUUGGGAGCUGGAGGCCUCACAAGCCAAGAGGGCCCAUAGCUGCCCUCUACGGUAGCCCAGGGCCCAAGUAUGCACUACCUGGACUCACUGGUAUUUCAAAACAUGACCCUACUAAAUACAAAGCACCAAUGUUCAGCUUUGGGAUACGUCACGAUCAGGCCAAUUCUAACUGCUCACCUGGACCGAGAUACCUCAUCCCCUCCAACAUCACCAGAGGGGGCCGAGAUGGCACUCCUGCGUUUUCACUCCACAGCCGUCCAAAGGAGCCAGCACUGUUCCAAGCCCCUGGACCAGGCAAAUAUUCCCCAGAGAAGUCAGGAAAUCUGAUCUUUCACGCUGCUCCUGCUUAUUCUCUAGCUGGGAGGAGCAAAGAAAUCAGCAACAGCCAAACACCAGGUCCAGCCUCCUAUUCUCUGCCGCCGGUGCUGGGGCCCAAAACUGUGGCCACAGCUGCAGCUCCCACCUACUCGCUCUGUGGCCGCAGCAAAAAUGGAAGCUUCCAUGAAGACCUGAAGAAGACUCCUGGCCCUGCUGCCUACAAAGUUGUGGACCCAUGUACUUACAGCCAAAAACCUCCCCAGUAUAGUAUGACAGGCCGCAACUUCACACCAGGUGAAACCACAAAGAAACCAGGACCCGGUGCUCAUUAUCCUGAACAGGUGACCUUCACAAGACCAAAAGCUCCGAGCUUCUCCUUUGGACUGCGUCACUCAGAAUUCAUCUCACCCCUCAUUGUAGAUGCGCCUGAAUAAUGUGAUUGAUCACACAGCAGUAUCGAAUAAAGUACAAAAAGCAAACUCCUCAAGAUUACUGAGAAUCAUACUUUAUUGCCACAGUAACAGGCCUUGUUGUAUUGGUACUUGUCACUUUGUCUGCAUGACUAAUAGCAGAAUUUGAAGUAAAUUGUAUAGAAUUAAAAAGAAAUGUCACCAGAAAUUUUAGUAAGACUAGUUUUAUUUUUGAAGGUUGUUGGUUUAGAAAACUGUUAAUUAUUUUGAUUGGUUAGUUAAAAAAUUUAAGUAGGUAACUAAUUAAUAUCAAUUGUAAUUGUUAUAGCAGCAAAAGCACAAGUGAUGACAUGUAAGAUGGAUCAAAUGAAGCCAAUAUUAAUGAUAUUGGUUAAGAGAGGCCUGUUGAUCUGGCAAAUAAAACACCAUUGAUGGA